AUGGAGGCAGGCAGCGGGGCUGCCGCAGCUGCUGGGAGUGCAGCACUAGGACUGCUGGGAGCCACAACCACAUCCAGCCAUGACAUCUUGGACAGUGGUCUGAGGCCUGGGCGUCACCCAGAGGAGGACGAUAUCGUGCCGGAACUGGCCUACAUCCAUCCCAGAGAGAGACCUGACUGGGAGGAGACCAUCAGUGCCAUGGCAAGGAGUGCAGAGAUCCCUGAGCUGCGAGCUGAGCCCCUCAUGCGCUCGUGCAGCAGCAGCACGGCCAGCAUGAAGGUCAAGAAUGUCAAGAAACUUUGCUUUACCAAGGGCCACUUCCCGAAACUGGCAGAGUGCGCUCACUUCCACUAUGAAAACGUGGACUUUGGCACAAUUCAGUUGUCCCUCGGGGAUGAACAGUGUGAAGUCACAAGGAACGGCUAUGACUCUAAGGAGCUGGUGUAUUUAGUUAAUAUUUACUGCCAGGGUCGAAGCUGGAUUGUGAAGCGCAGCUAUGAGGAUUUCCGUGUCCUGGACAAGCAUCUACAUCUCUGCAUCUAUGACCGACGCUUUUCUCAGCUGCCUGAGUUGCCUCGAUUGGACAGUCUGACUGAUCAGUCAGAGUCAGUUUCCCAGAUGUUGUUAGCGUACCUCUCCCGGCUCUCAGCCAUUGCUGACAACAAGAUCAACUGUGGGCCUGCCCUCACAUGGAUGGAGGUUGACAAUAAGGGGAAUCAUCUGUUGGUCCAUGAAGAGUCGUCCAUCAACGUGCCAGCUAUCGCUGCCGCCCACGUCAUCAAGCGCUACAUCGCUCAGGCCUCAGACGAGCUGUCCUUCGAGGUUGGCGACAUCGUGUCAGUUAUUGACAUGCCUCCUAAAGAAGACACCACAUGGUGGAGGGGCAAGCAUGGCUUUCAGGUUGGCUUCUUUCCCAGCGAGUGUGUGGAGCUCAUAAAUGAUAAGGUGCCGCAGUCCAUGACCAACUCGGUGCCAAAACCAGACCCCUAG